GGUUUGAGUAAUUCAAGCAUCGUAUCUACUUCUGCAUUCAUGCUUACCGUCUCGAUCAACCCCACAACCACCUAUAUCGCUCCUCCUCGCAGAGUUGAUUCGACGACGACUACUUCAACUUCAACCUCCUGCCACGAAACCACUACAGGUGUCAAGACGACUGCAUCCGCCGAUAUUACCACCGCAUAUAAUACAGGGCCCUCUUCUUCCACGAGUAGCAGCAAUAACGAUUUUACCAGUAGUUUGAUGUCCCACGACAUGACAGAUAUCUCGAUAACCACCUCGCUGGCCACCACCUCUACCGUGAGCCCAAGCCCCAUCAUCUCCGGGAACUCGACCGGCUCCAUCACGUCAUCCAACCUCGUCGGCACUGGCACUAGCAUUCCCGUGACAACCGUCUUCUCAACUACCACGGCGAACGUCACCGGCUCCUCAACGAGCGCGACCACAAGCAUAGGUCCGAUCGCGAGCUCUGGUGCCGAGAAGAGAGCCUCUCCCAACACGAUUGUCCACUGGGGCGGCAGCAACGGCGGCGGCUCGGUCAGUUGCGCUGUCAUGCUCGUGGCUGUCAUCUGUCUCCUCAUCUAAACUGCUAGUGUGUCUUUCUCUGCUCCUUGGAGUGGUUGAUACGUUGGCAACCAUGGUUGAAUUUAUUGAUGUGACGAUGAGAGAAAAGAGAUUUGGCGUUGCGAUGGUAUUUGCUCAUUUUGCGCUUUUGGCUGGUCUGCCUCUUUCUUCAUGAUGGAUUCCACCAUUUCGUUAAUGGUGUGUCUCAUCAUCUUCACUUCUUCUUGGUGGUCGGGUUGCACCUCGUCAUCGGUUCUUCUUACACCCUUUAAUACUUGACCUUCCCUUGGCAUUGCAAGGAUACUGUAGACCUGGCUCAGUUCGUAGGCAGAAAUUGAUGACAUUGACAAAACUCUUCGCAGU